AUGUCUCGACCACAUACCUUGUUCGGCGGCGCAAUGAUUGGCACUAGCUUCACUACACCGGAGCAGGUACAAGCACUCCUCGAUCUAUUGAAAACCCUCGGUGUUGAUCGCAUCGAUACUGCUGCCCGAUACUCGCCCACAGCACCCGGCUCAUCCGAGUGUCUUCUAGGCGAAACGCGAGCCGCAGAACAAGCCUUUACUAUCGAUACCAAAAUCAACACAGUAAGCGGCGUUAGAGCAGGAACCUUGACCGCAGCUGCUAUUGAGAAAUCACUCGAAGAAAGCCUGUCUCGUUUACAAAUGAGCAAGGUCAAUAUCCUGCACUUUCAUCGGCCUGAUCCUCAGACUCCAAUUGUCAAGCAGGCAGCCGAGAUUCAUAGGCAGUAUCUUGCUUGUCGGUUUGACAAGUUUGGUCUGUCAAAUUUCCCCCCUGAAUUGGUUGCGAAUUUUAUUUCGGUCUAUGAAGAAAAAGGUUAUGUCAAGCCAACUGUAUAUCAGGGGUUGUAUAGUCUCCUCAGCCGCGAAAGCGAGGAGGCUUUGCUUCCCUUACUCCGAAAGCACAAUAUCGCAUUCACUGCAUACAGCCCACUUGCAGGUGGAUUCUUAACUGGGCGGGCGACUCGAGGAGACGCCGAGGGGACUCGAUACGGGCAAAGCAGCCAAUUUGCUAAUAAUCCGUUGAUUGCGAAGUAUAAAACCCCGGAAAUGCAUGCAGCGAUGGCUGAUCUUCUGGGUACUUUGGAGCCUCUUGGAAUUGCUGGCUCUGAGGCUUGUCUCCGAUGGCUGUAUCCGUACUAUCACUCCGCUUUGAGUGAGGAUGAUGGAGUCAUUUUGGGUGCCAGCAAGACGCCGCAGAUCGUACAGAACAUGACCGAUAUAUCGAAAGGACCCUUGCCGACGGAAGUGCUGCAGAAGAUAGACUCACUCUGGGAGAAGGUCGUCUAG